AUGUCGCACUGUGGGUGUGUUUCCAUGUUCUUCAUCAUUAAUUUUACGCAUCUUCUUCACAACCUCCAGAUCCUACAUCCAGGAGAUACUUUCACUCCGAUCGACAAGGAAUCCACGAGAGAUUCAACAAACUCAACUCAAAGCGCAAAGAGAACAGGUUCCAGAAUGACUUUGGGAUUCAUUGUUUUGAGCCUUCUGCUGCUGCCGACAGCAGUGACGGCGUUUCGUGUGGACCGAGAAAUCACAUACAAUCACCAGGAGAUUACAAAGAGAGCAAUCUUCGAAGUGACGGUAGAAGUGUGUCGCAGUGUGGCCGAGUCCAAUGGAAAAGCCUUCACUUUCCCAACCAAGCCUUACACUGUGGAGAGCGUGGCGGCAGCGUGUGACAUUAUGGACGGACUCAAGGCGUUCCACGAAAGCGUGAAGUCGAUCCUGAAUGUCAACAUUAAACUGGACAAAAGUGGACAGUUUGAAUCCAGCGGCCAUCACUUUCACAACGAGAUGUUCAACGCAGGACGUGACAUCAUCGCGGCGGGAUUAACAGCGGUGAAGGCCAACAACAAGAAAGGGAACGUGGAGACGGCCAAGCAGCAGCUGGGGAAAAUCACCCACACUCUGCAGGAUUUCUACAGUAACAGCAACUGGAUAGAACUCGGCAUGACAAGUCCAAAUGCUGAACUGCUGAAUGGAAAUGGCAACGUAGGAACUGUGGCAGCUCUGUCACAAGCCACAUGCAGAAACUGUAUUGGACAAUGUACCAACAACAUCUUAAACAACAUCAUCAAAGAUAAAAUCCUCACCUCCGGCUACUACACUGUGGCACCGGAUACCUCCAAACCCGCAGGAAAGUGCAGCAAUGGAAGCCCUAUGGAUGCUUCAAGGACAGUGAGCCCUACCGGAGGCAUCAACAAGGACACACCAGUUUCCAGUCACGGUCACCUCCACGAAGAAGCCGCAAACAUGGCUAUUUCGGCCACCGUCCAGCUCCUACAGGAUAUCCGAGCAGCAAGCGGAGAUGAAAACUUUUUACGGAUGAUUGGAGCCACGUCUGGGAAGCCUCUGGUCUUUGCCAUUGACACCACCGCUAGCAUGACGCAGGAUAUCAAGGCAGUGCAAGUUAUGACCGACACCAUUAUAAGCAACUCCAAAGCCGGGCUACAAGCAGAGCCUUCGGUGUACGUUCUGGUCACUUUCCACGACCCAGACCCCGCAACCAUUUUCAAAACUACAGAUUCUAAGGCGUUCACGGAUAAACUUGCUCAGUUGGUUGCGUCUGGUGGUGGCGAUAGAGAUGAAAACUCUCUCACAGGCCUGGAGGUGGCUCUGACAGGUGCUCCUCCUGGUUCAGACAUAUUUAUGUUCACCGAUGCUGGCGCCAAAGAUAAAAGCAAGAAAGACAGUGUCAUGGCGUUGCUUGAGCAGACCAAGUCCACGGUGAACAUUGUGUUGACUGGGAACUUCGUGGAUGUGACGGAGUACAAAGCCAUAACUCAAGCUUCAGGCGGACAGUUGCUCUCGGUGCCAGUGAGCGACCUGGGAAAAGCCGCCGACCUCGUGUUUGACUCGUCCUCGGCCUCUUCUAUGGUCACACUUUUGGAUGAAACUAGAGAAUCAGGAAAGUCUGAAAACUUUACUUUCAUGAUGGACGAGACGACCAAAGACGUAAUGAUUUACGUCACUGGACCAGUCACUAGUGUCGAGUUUGUCGAUCCAUCAGGAGAUAAAACAGGAGAUGUAGUCGACACAAGUUCGAUCGUGGGAAACUUCAGAAGAAUCCACUUGAAAGAAGAAGUUGGAGAAUGGGAAAUGAGAGUAAAGUCUAAUUUCCCGUACACCGCCAAGAUUGUCGGGGACAGUCCAUUGGAUUUCAUCUACGAUAUCAUGGGACCAGCUCAGGGUCCUCUCGGAGGCACAGUUGCUCAAACCAAUCGUCCCAAAGCAGGCGAGAAAGCUAACGUGGAGCUGACACUGAUUGGGAGCGAGACUGCGACAGUGACCGAGGUGUUGCUGCUAACUCCAAAUGGAACUGUUGAAGGCAAAGUCACCAGUUUGGGGAACAAAGAAUACUCAGUGGAGUUUGAUCCGAUGCCAGCGGGAGAGAGUCGUCUGCUCGUGAAGGGAAAGACAGGCCAGGGCUCCUCCAAAACCUUUCAGCGACUUUCCCCUGCGAAAAUCAUGACCUCCUCCAUCUCUGUGAUUGCUGAAGAGUCGAGCGGCCUGAUUGAACCCGGCGCGUCAGUAAAAAUGCCGUUCACCAUCUCCAGCCCCAAAAAAGGAGCCUACACGAUAAAGGCGUCCAACAACAAAGGGUUCCCCAUGACUUUCCCGACGCGGCUGGAGAUGGUCGGAAGCAGCAUCGGAGGCGAAGUCGUCCUCUCUGCCCCGAGUCUGGCUCAGUCCGGCUCCGAGGUCACCGUCACCAUCUCCGUGGAAGACGAAGGGAAAACAGAGAUGAACUACGCCAUCAGCAGCUUCACCGUGCAGAGAAAGGUAACAGACUUCACCAAACCAGUCUGUGAGAAGAUCAGUCAGACCAGCUGCCCCGAGAGCUGCUCCUCCUCCACGUGGGAGGUCAAAGUCCGAGUCACAGACGGCGAAGGCCUGGUGACCACCUCCCUCGCUCUGGGCAACGGGACCAUGACUCAUUUGCCGGGGUCAGACACGGUCACCUGCGUCACGUCCUGCUGUACGAAGGAAGUGGAGAUAGUGGCGGUGGAUAGCGUAGCUAACGACAGCAGCGGUGAUGGCGCAAAGAAAAGCCCAAACUACCUCGAAGUGUUGGUGUUGUGUACCCCAGUGUAA